AUGUCCACAGCCGCCUCGUCAUCUGCGUCACCGUCCGUCGUCCGCAGCCAUUCUACCUCCUCCCACGCUCCCUCCCAGAGACCACCCCCAUCCGAUCUGCCUCACAGGACCCGAAGCGUUGCGCUCAGGCCCGCGACCGCAGCGCAUCCUUCCUCGCAGCCGCAGUACCAGCCGCACGGCCAUCAUUCUCACUCCAAGUCCCAGUCCUAUGAUCGUCGGCCCCCGUCCAACCAAGCCGUCUUCGAUCACCUCUCUCGUCGGGACCUUGAGGCCGCCAGGACUGCCCAACCCGUCUCCACUCGCCGCGAGAGUUCCGAUCGCUCGCAGGAGCGCUCCUCCGCCGCCCACCGCGCUGAUCCCUCGUCCAAUCAGAAACCCCGCCGGAAUCUCGCCGUCCAGGGGCACCAGCGAGACAGUAUCGACAUGGCCGCUGCUGGCCCGGUCGCCGGUGAUGGCGCCGCCCACUCGCAGUCCAGUUCAGCGUCGCGCUUGGCCCCAGCCGCCACCAUGCAGUCGAAGCGUCGCACCACCAUCUCCACUCCAUCCGGUCAAUGGGCCUUGGGGAAAACUUUAGGGGCCGGGAGCAUGGGCAAGGUGAAAGUGGGAAAGAACUUGGAAACGGGCGAACAGGUGGCCGUUAAGAUCGUCCCCAGGCAGUCGACGGAAGAACACCGGAGCUCGCGCGACGCCGAACGAGCCGAUCGCUCCAAGGAGAUUCGCACGGCCCGCGAGGCCGCCAUCGUCAGUCUUGUCAAUCACCCGUAUAUCUGCGGCAUGCGGGAUGUCGUCCGCACCAAUUACCAUUGGUACAUGCUGUUCGAGCUGGUCAACGGCGGCCAGAUGCUCGACUACAUCAUCUCCCAUGGAAAAUUGAAGGAAAAGCAAGCUCGCAAGUUCGCCCGCCAGAUUGCCAGUGCCCUGGACUACUGCCAUCGCAACAGUAUCGUGCACCGUGACUUGAAGAUUGAAAACAUUCUCAUCAGCAAGAAUGGCGACAUCAAGAUCAUUGACUUCGGUCUUAGUAACCUGUUCUCUCCCCGGAGUCUGCUGAAGACGUUCUGCGGCAGUCUCUAUUUUGCGGCCCGGAACUCCUGCAAGCUAGACAGUAUACCGGUGCCCUUUGAUGACCAGAGUAUGCCCAAGCUGCAUGCGAAAAUCAAGCAAGGCGUGUUUGAGUAUCCCCCGGGUCUCACUACAGAGUGCCGCAGUAUCAUCUCCCGUAUGCUGGUCACCGAUCCCAAACAGCGGGCCAGCUUGGCGGAGAUCAUGAGCCAUCCCUGGAUGAACAAGGGGUUCAGUGCCCCUCCGGACAACUUUCUCCCCCGCCGGGAACCGGUCAAUCUCCCCCUCGAUGCGGAUGUCAUUGAGAAGAUGACCGGGUUCGACUUUGGCCCCCCCGACUAUAUUACGAACCAACUCCUGAAGAUCCUCGAGUCCGAGGAUUAUCAGCACGCCGUCAAGACCAAUGUCCGUGAGCAGCCACUUCCGGUCCACAGCGAGAAGAAGAGAGGCGUCUUCGACUUCUACAAGCGGCGGAGCUCGGCGGCCAGCCGAGAUACGUUGUCAGCUCCAUCCGCGGAGGUGGUUCCCUUGGGAACGGAUCCGCUCAACGCGUACAGUCCCCUGUUAUCCGUCUAUUACCUGGUCAAGGAGAAGAUGGAUCGGGAGAGGUCCGAGACCAACCCCGGUGCUCUCGGAGUGCCCCAGUCGUCGGGAGACGCGAUGCUUCAGAUGCCCGAUCUGCCCGCGCCGGAAGCGGCCCACACGAACCAGUACCAGGUCCCCGGCGAGAAGGACGCCGGCCGGCGCUCUCGACCCCGCGCCCGGACCCACGGGGAUGAUGACAUCACGGACGGGCUCAAGAAUGUCAACCUCGCUCCACCAGCCGAACAGGGAUCUCCGGCCCCCGCAUCGCAGCCGGAGACCCCCGCGCGGAAGGAGAGCACCGCCGCAGGGAUCUUACGACGCUUCAGCACGCGCCGCACCAAAGAGCGCAGCCGCGAUCCGGACCGGAGACGGGUCGGCAGCCCCCCGUCGUUGAACGUCCAGCCGCCGGUCGAUUCGGCCUCCCCGUUGAGCCGGGGGCUCAGCAUCCGGAGGAAGCGUGCGGACCCGACCCCAUCCACCAUCCCGUCCGGGGGCAGCCAGCCCCAUCACCAGGGCCUGCUCAAAGCCCCCGGAACCGCCGAGGCGGACUCCCGACCCAACAAGUUCCUGGCCCGGUCGACCAGCGUCAACUCGGCCGACUACCGACCCCGGCGGGUGCAGCGUCGCAGCGACGCCGACGCCUUGGCCCAUCCGCCCGCCACCAGCGGAUCCGACCAUGCCGGCGCAAGCACCCAGCAGGAUUCGAACCCCGCGCGGGAGACCCGGCUCGCGGGUCGCUCGCACGCCUCCCGGACCAUGUCGCUGGGCCACGCCCGCCGCGAAAGUAUCCAAGCUCGGCGGGCCCGUCGGGAGGCGGCCCGGGAAGCCAACGUCCCCGAAGAGACCGACGCAGAUAUCUCGGGGGCGGGGACCGCGUUGGAGAGUGCCAACGAGGGCGAGGAUCUGUCCAAGCCCGUGUACCUCAAGGGCCUGUUCAGCGUGUCCACGACCAGCAGCAAGCCACUCCCCGUCAUCCGGGCCGAUAUCAUCCGGGUGUUGAAGCAGCUGGCGGUGGAUUUCGAGGAGAUCAAAGGAGGGUUCAGUUGUCGGCAUGCGCCGAGCAUCGAGCUGGAUAAAGUGGUGGAUACGGGACCCCCGAGCCCCGAGCGGCAGGGACAGGUCUCGAACCAUCGCCGGCGCAUCAGCUUCGGGGGGCUGCUGAACCACGACGACGGGCAUCAGUCACGGACUCCGCGACGGACACGGGCGCCGGACCGCAGUUUCGUGACCAACUCGGAGGGCUCAGAGGAAUACGUGGCGUCGCGCGAUCCCACCGUGGUCGUCGGGGAGCGGGUCAUGGGGGAGACGACGACGCGGGUGCAGAGCGAUACGGGCGAGAACCUGGUGCUGCGGUUUGAGAUCCUCAUCGUCAAGGUGCCGCUGUUCUCGCUGCACGGGAUCCAGUUCAAGAAGGUGGCAGGUGGCAUGUGGCAAUAUCGGGAGAUGGCCAAGAAGAUCCUAGAUGCGCUGAAGUUGUAG